AUGGCCAAAAGCGGAGAGGCCCUGCCACAGGGCAGCCCAGCACCAGUCCAGGAUCCUCAUCUCAUCAAGGUGACAGUGAAGACACCCAAAGACAAAGAGGAUUUCUCAGUUACAGACACUUGCACCAUCCAGCAGCUGAAGGAAGAGAUAUCUCAGCGCUUUAAGGCUCACCCUGAUCAGCUGGUUCUAAUCUUUGCUGGUAAAAUCCUCAAGGACCCUGACUCCCUGGCACAGUGUGGAGUGCGAGAUGGACUCACUGUCCACCUGGUCAUCAAGAUGCAGCGCCGUACCAUGGGCACUGGAUCCCCAGCUGCUUCAGUCCCUACCCCAACUGCUGGAGCAUUCCCUCAGCCAACCUCCAUUUACGCAGCAGGUGGGCCAUCCACCUUUAGCUUAGGUGUCCUCACAGGCUUCAGUGGUCUGGGCCUGACUUCUGGAAGUUUCCCUGACCAGCCAAGCUCACUGAUGUGGCAGCAUGUAUCUGUGCCUGAGUUUGUGGCUCAGAUCAUUGAUGAGCCUUUCGUCCAGGGUCUGCUGUCCAACACAAGCCUGGUGCACCAGCUGGUUAUUGACAAUCCCCAUAUGCAGCAGCUGAUCCAGCACAACCCUGAAAUCGGGCAUAUUCUCAAUAACCCUGAAAUCAUGCGGCAGACACUGGAGUUUCUACGCAACCCUGCAAUGAUGCAAGAGAUGAUGCGUAGCCAGGACCGGGCUCUCAGUAACCUGGAGAGCAUCCCUGGUGGCUACAAUGUGCUUCGGGCCAUGUACACAGAUAUUAUGGACCCAAUGCUUAAUGCGGUACAGGAGCAGUUUGGUGGCAAUCCCUUUGCUGCUACCACUACUGCUAAUGCUACCACUAACAGCACCCAACCUUCCAGGAUGGAGAACUGUGACCCUCUUCCCAACCCCUGGGCUUCUACACAUGCUGGUUCAGGUGGCAGGCGAGGCAGGUGGCCUGGGGACCAGGACAUAUCUGAAAUUAGAAACAGGGUUCCCAACAUUCUGGGUAGUAUAGGGCUUUAUGACUAUCUUCAGCAAUUACAUGAGACUACCCAGUCCUUGGGAACUUAUGUACCAGGGACAGCUUCCACCCUCAGCCCAAGGCAAGAAGCACCACCACCAGGAAACCAAGUUCCCCCAACUUCACCCUCACCCCAGAAACCUGAGUCAGACCAGUUAUUCCCCAAAGAAUCAGUAGCAAUCAAAGGCAAAUCCUCCUGCCCAGAAUUCCUGCGUUACCCCGCAGAAAGUAGUCCUAGACAAAAUGGUAGCCAAGAUCAUUCAGGGAAUGGCUCUACUGGUCACAGUACCAGCAUGCCUGAUCUUAUCUCGGGGCUAGGAGGUGCUGCCAGCAGGGCCCCAUUUGUUCCUUCACCACGAUCCCCUCUGGUGGCUACCCCUGGAAUCCCUGAGCAUGCCUGGCUACCACCACACGCAUAUCCUAGAUCUCUGUGGCCAGCCAGUAUGAAUCAGGCCCCACAGUUGCAGGAUGAGAGGCAUCGGCAGCUGCCCCUUUUACUGCACCUUCAGGCAGCCAUGACAAACCCUCGUGCCAUGCAUGCCCUGCUGCAGAUUGAGCAGGGUCUGCAGGUCCUGGCAACUGAAGCACCUCACCUCCUACUCUGGUUCAUGCCUUGCCUAGCAGGACUGGGAAAUAUGGCAGGAGUUGCAGAGCCUAGAGAGGGUGCCCUUAUGCCUGGGGCUCGUCCUGUAGCCCCAGCUCCUGAGGUUCCCCCAGCACAGGGUUCUGUGGAGGUAGGCCCCCAUUCCACUCCCUUCCUCCAUAUACUGCAAGCCCUAUCUAAUGCCAAUUCCCAGCAGCUGCAGCCUGAAAAUCACUUUCGCGUGCAGCUAGAACAACUGCGAACCAUGGGCUUUCUGAAUCCCGAAGCUAACCUCCAGGCCCUCAUUGCCACAGAGGGUGAUGUGGAUGCUGCAGUGGAGAAGCUGAGGCAGUCAUAG